GGGCCCUAUCCCUACGAGACCCUGAAGAAGUGGGUCUCCCUCACCAGCUUCGUCAGCGAAGCGGCGAUGAAGAAGCUGCAGCCGGAGAGCGGGCAGAUCUGCGCCUUCUCGGAGGUGCUGCCGGUCGUGGCCGGGAGGCAUACCAGAGACCGGGCGGAGCAGCGCCUGCCCCGCUUCGACGCCGAGUGCCGGAGCUACGCCGAGGGCCUGGCGCGGCUGCCCCAGAUGAAGCCGAAAGCCGGCACCGAGAUCAGGUUCACGGAGCUGCCGAAGCAGAUGUACCCCGAUGGUGCUACUCCGGAGGAGAUAACCAGGCACAGCAUGGAUCUCAGCUACGCUCUGGAGAAGGUGAUUAGCCAGCGAUACGCCAGCCAGCCUCUGGAUCUGCUUGCUGAGUUGCAGUUUGCUUUCAUCUGCUUCCUGAUCGGGAAUGUGUAUGAUGCAUUUGAGCACUGGAAAAGACUCUUAAACAUCCUGUGCCGAUCUGAAGAUGCCAUCGGGAAGUAUCAAGACCUUUACAUCAAUCUCAUUUCUGUGCUGUAUCACCAGCUCAAUGAAAUCCCAGCUGAUUUUUUUGUGGACAUUAUCUCCCAGGACAACUUUUUAACCAGCACCUUACAGGUGUUUUUUUCCUGCACGUGCAGUGGUGCUGUUGAUGGGACCCUAAAGAAAAAGGCUGAAAAAUUCAAGGCUCAUCUAACGAAGAAAUUUAAAUGGGACUUUGAGGCAGAGCCUGAUGACUGCGCUCCUGUAGUGGUAGAACUUCCUGAGGGCGUGCAGGUGGACUAA